AUGUGGCACUGGGCUGUGUCAUUUGAGGAUGUAGCCGUGCACUUCACCUUGGAGGAGUGGCAGGACCUGAAUGCUGCCCAGAGGAUUCUGUACAGGGAUGUGAUGCUGGAGAUCUAUAGCAACCUGGUGUUCCUGGACCCCUGCAUUGCCAAACCCAAGUUGAUCUUCAAGUUGGAGUGUGGAUUGGGGCCAUGGAGCCUAGCAGAAGCUUCAAGGUGGAGCCUCCCAGGUGUUGAUAACGUGAGUACUCUGAUUGACACCAGCAAGGAAAUUCCUAAGACACGUUUGCAGCAACUCAGAAAAACUAACCAGAAGAUGAUUGAAGCAGAGCUAAUGACUCAACAGGAAGUCUCUGAAGGGACAACAUCCUGUCAAGGCAGAGCACCUGUAAAACCUUUGUGCGGCAUGUUACAGAAUACCAAGAUUCAGACACUGUACAGUGAUGGGAAGCUCUGUGAAUGUAAGGACUGCAAGAAAGUUUUCUGUAAUAAUUCAACCCUAAAUAAGCACUACAGAAGAACUCAUAAUGAAUACAAGCCCUAUGAAUGUGACAAGUGCAGUAAAAUGUACUACUGGAAGUCAGACCUCACAGCUCAUCAGAAAACUCACAGACCUAUUAGUGUAGUGGAAAGGACCUAUAAGUGUAGAGGAUGUGAAAAAGCCUUCUUCCGCAGGUCUCACCUCAAUGCACAUGAAAGAACCCAUUCCGGUGAGAAGCCUUAUGAGUGCACAGAAUGCAGGAAAGCUUUCUAUUAUAAAUCCGACCUUAGUCGACAUAAGAAGACUCAUUUGGGUGAAAAGCCGUUUAAAUGUGAAGAGUGCAAGAAAGCUUUUUCUCGAAAGUCAAAACUCUCUAUCCAUCAGAUGACUCAUACGGGCGAGAAACCAUAUGAAUGUACAGAUUUCGAGAAAGCUUUCUCCCAUAAGUCACAACUCACUGCACAUCGGAUCGCUCAUUCAUCUGAGAAUCCUUAUGAAUGUAAAGAAUGCAGUAAAUCUUUCCACUGGAAGUGUCAACUCACUGCACAUCAGAAAAUGCACAAAGUUAAGUGCGGGGAUACCUGCACGAAUGACAACUGA